AUGAAACCCUUUAUGACUAAUUUUACACAAAUAAUUUUGCUGAUGUUGGUAGGAACCACUUUAGUCUUUUCUCAAUCAUGUAAUAAUGACAACAUGCAACUUUUGACGGAUAACGUGGAAAUAACGAAUUGUUUCAGUGAUAGUUUCAACAGUUUAAGAAUACUCGACCCAAAUGAUCCAAACGUCGCUAUAAAGUUAACGGAAAUAACUCCAGCAUUUUGUACAUACCAAUGUAAUUCGGAUCAACUCAGCGCAGCAUCAGCUCAAUAUCAUGCGAUAUGUUCCGGAGGAGAUUAUUCUUACGUAAAUGGAGUUAUAUUAUUAGAUUCUUAUGAUGUAAUAUACUCAACAUUAUGUAAUCCAGACAAUUGUGUCGUCUCUAGCUUAGAAGGUUUAAAUGAAAACGAUCAAGUUGCAACAGAUUUAACCUCGAAAAUUGCUCAAUCUCCACUCAAUAAUGUAUGCACGGAUUGUAUUAGAAACUUGGCAUCAACCUUUUUUCGCUAUCAGUUUGAUCAUCCUUACACUACCCUCUCUGGUUCAUUACAAAAUAUAAAGAUGGCUUUGGAACUUAAAUGUGGUGAUAGCUUUGGCGCCCGAAUUAGAAGUGAAAGUGUGACUUGUUUCACGAUAGAAUUAAAGAAUACUGAUCUUUGGGCCUUGUCAAUAGAAGCACAAUAUUUACUUUACAGUCAAUUUUUAGGUCAUUUUAGAUCACGUUUAAUUAGUAAACUAAUAGAAAUAAAAUGGGUUAGAAUAUUCAAAGUGAAAUUAAUAUUAUCAUAUUUGCCUCCUUUAAUAAGGAAUCCUGAGAUAAUUACUGUUAAACGGUUAAAGAAUGGAACAAAAAAAGUUUAUAUUGAUAGCAUGCCCCGAAGAUGGAAACAAUGUAUCAUACCUUCAAAAGAAACGCCAUGUGAAAAGUAUUUACAAGAACGAGACAUGACGAUUAUUGUUGGACGAUCUUUUGAAAGAAAAUUAACAAAAAGACAAUUAAAACUUUUUUCCGAAAAUGUUUAA